AUGACGAUGGAUGAGGAAGUUGCUCUUGGCGAUAGUCCUAGACAAUCCUCAGCCGGCAAUAGUCAAUGUAGGGCUCUGCUCGAUGAAGAGAAGUACGCGUUUCUCUUCCUGAUAUCGGUGAUAUUACUCGUACCAUUUGCGAUCAAUCUUACAUCUAAAGGACCAUCGUGGGAGAAAAUCUCACACAUCGACACGUCGCAGCCAGAUACGGCUUCAAAGGACCAAUCCGAACCCCCGAAUGUAACUCAGUCGACCAAGGGUGCGAGCUCUCCUAGAGAGGACGAGUACUUGCUUGAUCCCGCCUGGAACUAUGAAGCUGCCCCGACUAUCAGGCAGUACAAUUGGACUCUUAGAGAGACGGAAUCGAAUCCAGAUGGUGUAUGGAGGCCAAUGCUGCUCAUCAAUGAUCAGUUUCCUGGUCCCCUGAUUGAGGUCAACGAGCAUGACACUAUCAGAGUCACGGUCAACAACCAGAUGACCAAUUCGACUGCCAUGCACUGGCAUGGAAUAUACCAGAAUGGCACAAACUCCAUGGACGGAACUGUUGGUAUCACAGGUUGUCCUAUCGCUCCAGGACUCAGCUUCACCUACGAAUUCAAAGUGCGAGGUCAGAGUGGUACCUAUUGGUAUCAUGCGCAUCAGGGCAACCAGGCCUCAGACGGGCUAGUGGGGCCUUUGAUCAUCCACUCAAGAGAUGAGAAGCAAUUACAGCAACUUCAGUACGCUAGCGAUCGCAUAAUCAUGCUUUCCGACCAUUACCACGAUCUCUCAGGAAUCCUCGCUAGAAGAUACUUGGCUCCGGACAUGGAAAAUGCAGAGCCAGUACCCGAUGGGGCUUUGAUCAAUGGUCGCGCCAUUCGUAAUUGUGAUGAUCUGCCGCAUAGGAAAUGCGACAACACUACAAGCAAUGUCGGAUUUCCGGCCUUUGACCUCGAGCCAAAUCGGCAUCAUAGAUUACGCAUCAUCAACGUCGGUGCUUUUGCCGAGUUCCAGUUCCAAAUCGACGAGCAUGAGCUGGCGGUCACAGAAGUCGAUGGUACUGACGUACAACCGAUCAAUUACCAUCGUCUCAACAUCAACCCCGCGCAACGUUAUAGUGUGGUCGUACAUACAGACAAAAGGGAAAGAACCAAAUUUAGGAUGAGAGCUCGCAUGAUCACUCACUGUUUCGCCGAGCCGAAUCCGUUCAUGGUUGACUCCGUACAAGGCGUCAUACAAUACAGCAGCAACUCUGAAGCCAAGGCUGCCACCAAGCUUCCUGAUACAAUGGAUUGGAACGAAGCUAUUGGCCUCGAGUGUAAAGAUUUAAACACCACUGAGCUAGUGCCUGUCCAGGUUGUUGCAGCUCCUACAAAAGUUGAUGCCUUUUUCUACCUGAGAUCCAACUUCGAGAUAGGUGCAUACAGGCUCUCCAGAGGCAAGUUCAAUACGAGCAGCUGGCGUGCCGACGUCAAGAGUCCUACAUUGUUCCGUUCUAUCGAUGGCCUGCAAGCAAAGAACGCAUCCUUCGACGCGGAGCAAGACAAAGGACCUGUAUUUGUCAACAAUCGGGCAUUCGAUCAGUCUGCCCAGCUCACCAUCCAAUCAUCAGGCGUUCAGACUGUCGAUAUUCUGAUAUCUAAUUUCGAUGACGGUAAUCAUCCUUAUCACCUCCAUGGAUACAAGUUCUGGGUCCUUGCUCAAGGCCAUGGCUAUCCCUCUAGAAAAUCACUUGAUGGGCCCAUGGACCUAGACAACCUCUCGCCUCUUUACGAAUCACUGGAUCUGUCGAAUCCUCUUCGCCGCGAUACCGCUAGUGUCGAAGCAUUUGGUUGGGCCUUGAUACGAUUCGUAGCUGACAAUCCUGGUGCCUGGGCAUUUCACUGCCAUGUCUCGUGGCAUGCGGAAGCUGGUCUACUCAUGCAGUUCCUUACGCGGACUGAUCUUCUGAUCGAUAGCGAGAUAUCAGAGGCGCAUCGAGAACUUUGCAGAGCCGAUGGUCUAGAAAAAGGCACGGGUCCGAAGGAUGAGAUUUAUUUUGAUGAAGCUUGA